CGCUGGGGCACGGCCCUCCCGCCGCCCCGCCCGCUCCACACCGAGGGAGCGUCCCGGGCCCGGCGGCGGGAGGAGGGCGAGCGGGGGGGGAUGACCCGGGGGACCGGCACCCAGAGCAGCGUCUCCAUCACUCCCCAGCGCUACCGGUGGCGUGUCCCCCGCCAAGUUUCGCUGCCGGGGGACAAGGAGCUGGGCGGGAGGAACAACCGGGGCCGUUCCCGGCCGCUGCUCUGCAUCCCGGCAUCUCUCGGUGCGUUUCUGCGCUGAGCGCCGUCUCCUUCCCCGGCCGCUGCCAAGUCCUGGGGCGAUCCCUUCGGUAAAGGAAAAAGCUGCAGCUUUGGAGCUUUGCGCGAUGCUGGGGCCCAGGGCACAGCUGCAGAGAGGUUCUGACCGUUGGUUUUUUGGCUCACCCUUGGUGGAAGCACACGGGCUGUUUGGUACCGUUGGCAGCGGAGUGGGCUGAAGGGCACAGGGAGAAACGUUGCUUUAGGUUUUCUGGCAACUUAGGGAGGAAAAGCAGCUUUUUUUCUCGUCCUCUGCAGUGACCGUUAGGGCAGAGAGCUCUCCUGGAGUGACAGCAUCUCCGCUGGUGGAGCUGGUCCCAGGGAGCAGCAGGCCAGGGCUCAAAGGGAUAGUGACCCUGGGACCUCAGCUUCACCACAGCAAGGAAGAAAUGCAGUGAGUCUCUUUGUAAAGGGAGCCUGCUCUGCUUUGACUUCAAUCGCUGCCCUCUUGGGGUGCUCUCCAUUGCUGGAGACCACAAGGAAGAGGUUAAUUCUGGAGUGAAUCAGCAAUGUGUGGAUAUUUCGGGUGCUUUUGAUCCUGACAGUCUCCAGGUGAGCCAGGCUGAUGCAGGUGACAUUGUCCCUUGGACAGGACACAGCUGAAAUGAACCCCAGAUUGCUACUGGUCUUCCUCCAUAUGGACAACCCAAAGGCAUGAGCUGCAUUUAAGGAUGGGAGAAGGAACGGGGCCUUGACAACAAAACUGGGAUGUCUGUGUGCUGGUGUUUUGCACCCAAGAAGUUCGGGUUUGUUACAAGUUUGCUGUUAGGUGGCUCACUAACACUUCAAUGUGCAAUAGCUUUUUGGUUACGAUCACUACAGUCAAGCAAUCAUCUUUGUGGAAUCUCUCCCUCCUGCAUCCCAAGUUUCUCUCCUGAGCCAUGAGCAUCUGCUGGAAAUGCUUUAUUCAGCAUGGCAGUGAGUAAGACUCUGAAGGAUCUUGGGUGUAAAGAUCUGAGUUUUCUCCCUGAGAACUGACUGAUUUGUGAAUCCCAGCAAGUAGCAUCUAACUCAGAGCAGACCAGGAGCUGGUGAGUGUCAUAGUCACCUGCUACCUUGGCUUGAUUGUCUAGAAUCCAAAUGGAGUUGCUCCUUAGCAUCUUGGAUUGCUAGGAUUGUCCCUUGUGCCUGCUGUCAGCUAAGGUCAGCUUGGUGAGGGUGGCAAUGGGACCUCUUUUCUCUGCCACCCUGUCUGGUGGCCCUUGCUUCCAUCAAUUCUGGUCUUGCUUUGCUGCAUUCCAGGCUCAGCAGCUCAAAAAUCAAACAGCCAUGCUGAAGUCUUGGUGAUGGCUUCUGUAUCUUCUCAGGUGCUGGAGCUUUCUCUCCAAACCCUUAGGCAUGCUGGACUUGGUAGCAAGAGGAGCCUCACCCCUUCUGCCCGGUCUGCUAGAACUGGCUUCAAACUGCGCUGCCUCCUCUAAAGGAUGUGACUCCUCGGGACAGGAAUUUGAACUCCUCCAGCUGAAAUUCCCAGGGUCUGGGACCUGCUGGCCUUGGCAGACCUCAGUGUAGCAGAAAACUCAAGGCCAUUAUGUCACAUGCUCCUCAUAGCUCAGUUUUCACUCCUGUGGCCUGUGCUGCUGCCUGCAAGACGACGUGAGGGAAUUCUCUUAAUUGUUUUCUGGCUUGAAAGCAGGCACAGUGUGAAGCGCUGAGCUCGUUGGGAGGAGGAAACGCAGAUCUGCUUACGUGGUCCCAUAUGUCUCCAUGGCCAACCCACAGGACGACUGAGGCUGUAGGAGGCUUUGUAAGCUGUCCAUAAAGCUGGUGUGGACUGGGCAGCCUGCAAAAGGGAUGAGACCAGAGUGCAGCUGGUGACCUCCUCUAGUGACCUCCUGGUUCGGAGAGUCACCCAUGAGCUGUUCUUCACAGAGCAUCACCAGCAGCAUUGUCCCCUUGCUUAUCCGUCUGUAAAACACCUGCUUGUCACUUUGCAGCCAGCAGAACCCAAGUGCUUUACCCUUCUUUCCUAGUCUCCUGCUGGAGCCACGUCAUGGAGUCAACUUCUCCUCUAGGAGCCAAGCGGUAACUCAUCCUGGGUCUGAGCGCCUUCAUCUCUCUCAUCUGACGUCAGGGCAUUGCUGGGCGGUAACGACCCACUCUGCUCUGGCGCGCUGCCACCUGCUCGAGACACCAUCACCUUGCACAGCGGACAGUGCCGCUGAGAAGGGACAACACACCAUUGACCACCCGGCAGCCAUGGAAGGGGGUGUGCAGCUCCUCAACCGCGAUGGCCACAGCAUCUCCCACAACUCCAAGCGCCACUACCACGACGCCUUUGUCUGCAUGAACCGCAUGCGGCAGCGGGGGCUGCUCUGCGACAUCGUGCUCCAUGUGGGCACCAAGGAGAUCAAGGCCCACAAGGUGGUGCUGGCCUCGUGCAGCCCCUACUUCCACGCCAUGUUCACAAAUGAGAUGAGUGAGAGCCGCCAAACACACGUGACGCUGCACGACAUUGACCCCCAGGCCCUGGAGCAGCUGGUGCAAUACGCGUACACAGCAGAGAUCGUGGUGGGCGAGGGGAACGUGCAGACACUUCUCCCUGCUGCCAGCCUGCUUCAGCUCAAUGGUGUGCGGGACGCUUGCUGCAAGUUCCUGCUCAGCCAGCUGGACCCAUCCAACUGCCUGGGGAUCCGGGGUUUUGCUGACACGCACUCCUGCAGCGACCUCCUCAAGUCUGCGCACAAGUAUGUCCUCCAACACUUCGUGGAGGUGUCCAAGACAGAGGAGUUCAUGUUGCUGCCUCUGAAACAGGUGCUGGACCUCAUUUCUAGUGACAGCCUCAACGUGCCGUCAGAGGAGGAGGUGUACCGGGCUGUGCUCAGCUGGGUCAAGCAUGACGUGGACAGCAGAAGACAGCAUGUCCCCAGGCUCAUGAAGUGCGUGCGGCUGCCCCUGCUGAGCCGGGACUUCCUCAUGAGCAACGUGGACACAGAGCUGCUGGUGCGGCAUCACUCGGAGUGCAAGGACCUGCUGAUCGAAGCCCUCAAGUACCACCUCAUGCCGGAGCAGAGAGGGGUCCUGAGCAACAGCCGGACGAGGCCGCGGCGCUGCGAGGGGGCCAGCACCGUGCUCUUCGCUGUGGGUGGGGGGAGCCUGUUUGCCAUCCACGGGGACUGUGAAGCCUACGACACGCGGACGGAUCGGUGGCACAUGGUGGCCUCCAUGUCGACCCGCCGGGCCAGAGUGGGCGUCGCUGCCAUUGGGAACAAGCUGUACGCCGUGGGCGGCUACGACGGGACCUCUGAUUUGGCCACGGUGGAGUCCUACGACCCUGUCACCAAUUCCUGGCAACCUGAGGUGUCCAUGGGCACCAGGAGGAGCUGCCUGGGUGUAGCAGCACUUCAUGGGCUUCUUUAUGCUGCUGGGGGCUACGAUGGGGCCUCGUGCCUGAACAGCGCAGAGCGGUACGACCCUCUGACGGGCACCUGGACGUCCAUCGCUGCCAUGAGCACCAGGAGACGCUACGUCCGGGUGGCGACACUAGAAGGCAACCUCUAUGCCGUUGGGGGAUACGACAGUUCAUCCCACUUAGCCACAGUAGAAAAAUAUGAACCCCAGGUCAACACCUGGACGCCCAUCGCCAACAUGCUGAGCCGCCGCAGCAGCGCGGGGGUGGCCGUGCUGGAGGGGAUGCUCUAUGUGGCUGGUGGCAAUGAUGGGACCAGCUGCCUUAACUCCGUUGAGCGCUACAACCCCAAAACCAACACGUGGGAGAGCGUGGCACCCAUGAAUAUCCGCAGGAGCACCCACGACCUGGUGGCCAUGGACGGGUGGCUGUACGCGGUGGGUGGCAACGACGGGAGCUCCAGCCUUAAUUCCAUUGAGAAGUACAACCCCCGUACUAACAAGUGGGUGGCAGCCUCCUGCAUGUUCACGCGCCGGAGCAGCGUGGGGGUGGCCGUGCUGGAACUCCUCAACUUCCCACCACCCUCCUCACCCACCCUGUCGGUCUCUUCGACGAGCCUUUGACAAAGGAUCAGGACCUACCUUACCUCAAGGGGACAGGGGCGUCUGGUGGGGCUCUAGGCCAGCGUGGCCAGUCCCACGGGGCAGCCGGUCACUGUAGGAGGAGGACAAAGGUACCGGCUGCUGCCUCCAGCCCCAACACUCCUGUGAACCCCCGGAGCCAUCCCCGUUCUUGGUGCACACAUGGGAUCAAGUACGACUGCAGCAGCUCAAAAUGUGCUUCCUGGGGGAGCACCCUCCUUCUAGGAGGGCGAGGAGAGAGGGUGCUCCCUGCUCUGUUCAGACUCAUCUCACCACUCACCCAAAGGGCGUAUAUUUUCUUUGGGGAGGGGAAAACUUUUAAACCAUUGCUGCUUUUUUUUUGGAUUCACGGGAUCCAGCGGUGCCAUACAUCCGAGCACAGCCAGCUGUGGAGGCUCCAGGAGCCCUGUGGGGUGGCAGAGGUGACAGCGCUCCUCCCAAGGACACGGCCGAAGCCACCGAAGCCACCGCUCCUCUGAAUGUCACUGUAGCCAAACUCUUUACCAAGCCUAUUGUGCACUGUUAAAGACUUUGAGGCCACUGUAUGGUUCUCAAUGGUGUCUAAUUGAUGCCUUAAAAUACACAAACAAAAGAAGCCCAGCUAAGGGACAGGGCCUGGAGGAGGGAGGUUUGGAGACAGAACUGGAUGCAGCAUCCUGAACCCUCCAGCGUUUCCGUGCUCAGCUGGUCCUGUGAGAUCUCAGCCGCCCCUUCCUCUGGGGAGUUCCCAGCCAGGCAGAUGGGUUGAGUGAUCGUGUUUGCGUCCCUGCUGUCGCUGUCCCAGGUUGAAGUGACUCUGCGGCUGCUCUGCACGUGGUCCUGGUUCACCCUUUGGCUGGGAACAGAUCGCCCUGUUUGCUGUUCCUCUCUCUGCAAAGCAGAUUCUGGGUUUAUGGAAAGGUAUCAGUUCUUAAAAAAGAACAGUCCAGCCUUCUAAAUGAGGAAGAUUGCCUGGCAUUACUUUUUUUGGGUGUUAUUUUUUUGCCUUUUUUAAUUUGAAUGCUAAUAUUUUAAUUUUUAAUGAAUUCAUACCCCUUUAUUUUUUACACUACUAUGGUAUUCCCCAUCCCAUCUGUUCCCUUAAAAGGCAGCAGAAGGGAUGCAAUUACGUUUCUCAUUUGUUGAUGAGAUGAUGACUGUGUCCUGGAAGAUGUUCUCUAUAGAUGUGUGGGUGUGUGUGCAUGUGCGAGAUACCGUAUGUGCUGUGCAAACAGCAUGGAAGGGACCAUUUGCAAUUAGUGACUCCCUGGCAAUUAAGCAACUGCUUUAAUUAACUAAAAGUUGAAUAAAUUAGUACUGUAAGUCACAGGCCUGUCCUAGACCCACCUGUGCCGUUGAACCUCUGGGGUGGUGUUUUCAACGCGUGUGUUGUAGGAUGUGUGUAUGAGCCUCAAACUGAGACAUUUUAUCAGGUAUUCUCCACAUUACAGAGGAAUGACUCAACCACUGGUACCUCAAUAGUGUUCUAAUGUAGCAUUGGAAAUAUGGUCUAACUGUUUUGAACUGAUUCCUUUAUCCUUUUCCUCCUGCUCCUUGUCAUUGCUGAUUUACAGAGUUUAGAUUUAAUUUGUGACGGUUAUUUGUUGGCCUCAGUUUUCAAGUGGAUAGAGAUUUCUUCUUUUUCCUUUGGGGUGAGAGUUGAGAUGAGACAGGGACUCCCCAACUUCAGACAAUUUCCACAGCAAUCUGAUUUCUCCCAGACACGUGCCUGUACAUCUUACGAGCCCACUCACAGUGCCUAACGUUGGACACCUGAAAUUACCAGCAGCUUCUGAAAAUCUGGGCUGCUUCUCCCCGCCAGCCUCUUCCCCAAGGACAGUCUGGGCUUCUCAGGCUGAGGAAGCCCUUUUGGCUUUUAGAACAGACUCUAAAUCUGCUUUUCAUUCCUCUCUCCCUUGCCAAGCCCCUGUCGCAGCUCAGCAUCUCUCCCAUUCCUCUGGCUUGCAGAGGACCCUGCAAAUGUCCAGGCUCCGCUUCUGCAGGUCAUCUCUUGGUCAACGUGGCAGUAGGGCUGCCCCAAGUGGGUCACACCAAUCUGUUUUGUUCAAAAUACAUUGGUGAUACCCCUUCUGUUGCAUGCGUGAGCAAGGUCUCAAUCCUUUCCUUCCCAUUCCUAUAAACAACAGCAGGAUUUUAGUCUUCUGCUGGACUCGUAUUAACCAGUGCGUGCAAGGUAGCUCUGGCUCUAGGGUUCUCUUUGAAGGGGCAACGCAGAGCCAGAGCUGAACUGCUGAAGGGAGAAACGGGGCUGAUUUCAAACCAGGAAUGAGUUAUAAUACCAGUGGCUCAGCAUCUGGUCCAGCUGUGGCUGCUGUAGUGUAAAGGGGGGCUGCUGCCUUAGAGGGGGCGGCAGGCAGGCAAAAUCAGAGGGGAACAAGCUAUAGAGCAGAGAGAAUUUUUGUGCCAUGUGCCCUUGGCUUCAGUUUGUAAUCUUUAGCAAUUUAACACUACAAACUGUGUGCGACACUGUCCUGCCCCUUGGGGAUCGGGGAGGUGGGCAGAGUGAUCCUGUCACCCACCAGCUGGGUACUGAGCAAUAUCACCACCCAGCCUGUUCCGCAGAAACCUGGGGAGGAGGGAGCUUUGUGUCUCUGAUGUACUAACUAUGCAGGUGCUCGCUGCUUUCCUGUAAAGGAGAAAGAAGGAAGAAAAGGGCCAAAUAGUUCCCCGCCAGCUUGCGGGGGUCCAGAGCACCACAACCCACACUGUGUGGACACGAGGUGUCAGCAUCUGCCCCGGGACAUCCCAGGGUGGAAUCGCUUCUGGUGCUGCACAUCCCUCGCUGAACAGGAGGCUUCGGAGGGGAUGUGCGUCUGUGUCUGUCUGUCUGUCUGUGCGUAGUACCCUGUCUGAGGGGAGGAGAACUGUCAACUCUGUGUGGCUUCUCUGCCAGUUUUAGUUAGUGGCGUCUCACCUUAAAAUGUUACUCGUGUGAUUUCCCACUUGAGCUUUUUCCCAGUGGAGGAGCAUCCCCGAGCGGGUGGCUCCAGGCUGUGUGUGUUGACAUGUUUUCCACCAGGGACCCCGGUGUCAGUCUGCAGUGAGACAGCAAAGCCAGACUUGGCCUUACUGGUAGGCAGACCCGGUCUACUCCAUGUCAAACCGUUGUCACUUUGAUUUCUCUGUAAGUUAUCUGACUUAUUUAUGUGGAACUCUGUUUCUCCGAAUUUUUUGCACUAUGUGGGAUUGGGGAGGGGAUACAAGCAAUAGAAGCCAACAUGUACAAUAAAGACGUUUUCUUGAAUACUG